UGACAAAGAAACAGUUCUGUACUCAGAUUUGAAACGUCAGAGACGAUAUUGUUUGACAAACAGUGAGAAAUGGGGAGAAAGAAGAUACAGAUUUCCCGGAUUGUUGACCAGCGGAAUCGACAGGUGACCUUCACUAAGAGGAAGUUUGGCCUGAUGAAGAAAGCGUAUGAACUGAGCGUACUGUGUGACUGUGAGAUUGCGCUCAUUAUCUUCAACAGCACCAACCGGCUGUUCCAGUAUGCCAGCACUGACAUGGACCGCGUGCUACUCAAGUACACGGAGUACAGUGAGCCACAUGAAAGCCGCACCAACUCUGACAUCCUUGAGGUAGGGAAAGGGUCAUCCAUUCACCGCGAGUGGUCUCCAUUGGGAUCUUCUUCCAACUAGCCUUCACUGUUGGCCACAACAAUUGAUUGAGUACUGGGGGACUGAUGUUAAGGUCUAAGUUGGAAAAGAUCGACAGUCUUUCAUUGCCACCUCCCAGGACAAACCUGAGAGUUAUCCAUCUUCUAACCCAACUACUCAACCCCUUGUCUCCAUUUUAGUAUUGACUUU